UUCACUUUGGUAAAAAAUCACAUGAAAUUUGAUUUCCUUCACACUUGUUCGGAUUCGAAAGAUGGCUCCGAUAAAUUUAGCAAUAAAUAAUUGGUUUCUGCAAAUAAUUGUUGCAACUCUUUGUCUUAUUUUGACAUGGAAGGCCUUGAAAUGGAUUACUUCAACAACAAUCAUAAUCAGAAAUCAAAAUAGGAGACGAUUGGAUUUCUUGGAGACAUUAACUGAAAUUAUGUCGCAUUCAUUUGAUGGCCAUGGAAAUAUAUCGUGUUGUAUAACAUUAACAUCAAAAGAAAGUUUAUCUUUUGAACAUGUUCACGAUGCUUUAGUAUUGUUAGUAAAACGUCAACCAAUGUUACGAGCAGUGGUAUCGACAAACAACGACGGAGAACGAUAUUUUGAUAUCAGAAAUAUCGAUGAUGCUAUUCAGUUAUUUGAUAUCACAAAGUCCGAUGUAAAAAUUUCUGAGUGGAAAGAUAUAGUGUACAAGUACACCUCUACCGUACAUAAAAGCUCUUUGCCAUGGAAAGCUGUAAUACUUCAGGAAGAGUUCGAUUCAACAACACAAGAAUAUUCAAAUAUGAUAAUGUUUGCCAUGAACCAUUCCUGUCUUGAUGCUAUUGCUUGCAUAAAGUUCGUUCAGCAAUUUCUCAAAAACAUGAAUGAGAUAUCAAGUGGUGUCACCAAUGUCAAUAAAGAUGUACAAAGUCUCGAACUAUUACCUAGUGCGCACAACUUAGUAAUACAAAAAAGAAUCAGUCAUUCUUUGUUUCGGUUCAUUGUUUCUCAAUUUAGACUUCGUCCAAUAUUGGAGUUUCUUUUGAAAAUAAUGAUGUCUUAUGCUUUUAAAAAGAAACCAAUCAAUCCAUACUACAUAAAGCACCCACCUCUACAUCGUGCUGACAUCCCUCCUGAAAAACGUGCGCGGAUAAAUUUGAGAACAUUUACCGAGCAAGAAACCAAGUCAAUUAUUAACGCUUGCAAAGGUAACGGCUGCACAGUAACUGGAGCAAUUGCGGCUUCUGUACAUCUGGCAUUCAACGAAUUAUUAAAUGAGAAAUAUGAACCGAAAAUGAACACAGAAACGAAUUUCCCCAUUAACAAUCGUUUUUUAUGUGAUCCAAAAGCCCCGGAUGACUAUCUUGGCUUUUUCGUUUAUUUUCAAUCCUGUUGUUUCAAGUAUUCACAUGCUAACCCUGAAAACUUUUGGAUAAUGGCUAAAGAAAGCACAGCACAAUUAAAAGAGAUUUUGAGAAAAAAAACCUUUGUGAAAGAAUUGUCGUUCUCAAGUGUUCUUGAUCCAAACAUUUUGAGGAAGACGUGUUUGGUGCCGUUGUAA